CACGCGAAGGGGGUGGGGCUCUGGAAGGCGAGCCUCAGCCCGUGUCUCUCCCGCCGGAACUGCCCGUGCCGCCGCCAUGGAGGAACAGAAGGAGAACCGGCUGCGGGGUGGACACCACGAGGCGCCGGCACCCGCCCCUGCGCCCUCCCCACCCAGCCAGCUCGCUGCCCCGGCCCCGGCCCCUGGCAGCACCCCCAGGGGCCAGCAUCACUGUAGACUGGAUGGACAAGACAAUAAUGAAAAAAUUUCCACCUGCCAUUCUAAUGAUUUCAGUGACCCAAUUUACAAAGAAAUUGCUAUGACUAAUGGUUGCAUUAAUAGGAUGAGUAGAGAUGAGCUGAGAGCCAAACUUGCAGAGUUCAAGCUUGAAACGAGAGGAGUGAAAGAUGUACUGAAAAAGAGGCUUAAAAACUACUACAAGAAGCAGAAGCUGAUGCAGAAGGAGCCCACUGAUGAAGAGAGUUACUAUGAUUAUAUCUGUGUUGUUGACUUUGAAGCAACCUGUGAGGAGGGCAACCCCCCUGAAUUUAUACAUGAAAUAAUUGAAUUUCCUAUUGUGCUAGUAAACACUCAUACACUAGAAAUAGAGGAUACCUUUCAACAAUAUGUGAAGCCAGAGAUUAAUCCUCAGCUUUCAGACUUCUGUAUUAAUCUGACUGGAAUCACUCAGGACCUCGUAGACAAAGCUGAUGCCUUUCCUCAAGUCCUACAAAAUGCUGUAGAAUGGAUGAGACGGAAAGAACUGGGGACUAAAUAUAGCUAUUCCAUACUGACUGAUGGAUGUUGGGAUAUGAGUAAGUUCCUGAAUAUCCAGUGUCGUAUUAGCCAUAUCAAAUAUCCCUCUUUUGCCAAAAAAUGGAUCAAUAUUCGCAAAUCAUACGGCAACUUCUACAAGGUUCCCAGAAACCAGACCAAGCUGACAAUCAUGCUUGAAAAGCUGGGAAUGAGCUAUGAUGGGCGACCUCACAGUGGACUUGAUGACUCUAAGAACAUUGCACGGAUAGCUAUACGAAUGCUUCAGGAUGGAUGUGAGCUGCGUGCGAAUGAGAGAAUGCAUGGUGGGCAGCUAAUGACUGUAUCCUCCUCUGCUCCAGUAGAAGGAGCCCCUGCUCCACAGAUGCCCCAUCUUAGAAACUAGCAGUGAAAGAGUGCUACAAAAUGAACGAACCACUGUUGAAGACUUAGACUGCAAAGACAGCUGAUUAAAUGACCAUUUUGAUAAAACAUCUUCAGAGCAAAAUAUGUGAGCACCUUAAACAGCUUUCUUUGUUUAAAAUAAAGGGGACGUGAACUCUUUGUUCUUUAA